CCUCUAUACAUAUGUCAUUUUAAAAUAACACCCAACUUUUAUAUAUAGUCAAUACAUAUAGAGAUGGCAAUUCAGGGGCUUGCCCGCGGGUCUGGCCCGGAAAUGCCCAUUGCGGAGCGGGAUUGGGUAAAGAUAUUAUGGCCCGUUUAGUUGCGGGUCUUGCGGGACAGGACCGCGAUGGUACUGGGCCGAAGCGGGACGGGCCAAAGCGGGAUGCGGGGAAACAUUGAGGCCCGCUACAGUUUUCUCGUUUGUCUCUUUGGUGAUUUACCGAUAAUAGAGCUAAACGGUGAACAGGUGAUGACGAUAGCGAUUCUUGCUCUCUGUGUUUCUUCUUCUUCGAUCGAGUGAUCGACGACGACAAAGCAUCUUCUUCUUCUCCUCUGUACAGUAGAUCGACUUGCAUGUCCAGAGUUAUUUAGCUCGUGCCUCUCUGUUUACACGAUUUUAGAUUUCUGUUCGUCCUUUCAAAGGUAAGUAGUAAUCUUCUUCCUUGUUCUGUCUCUAUCCCUGUGAAUGUGUUCUGUGAAUCUUCUUAGUUAGAUUAUGUCUCUCUGCGAAAGUAUUUUUUCCUAACAGUGUAAUUAUAUAUAUAUAUAUUGUGUUGUUAUGUUAUGUUUUGUUUAUGUAUUAGAUGGCUUGGUUGUAUAAGCGUUGUUCUCUUUUUGUUCUGCUUACUCUCGGUUGCUAGUUAUUAAUUAAAAAAUUCAACACAACUUUACUCUUGGUUGUUUCUGUAUUGUUCUGUUUUUGUUUCGGUAUUGAUAUAUAUAUAUAUAUAUAUAUUGUGUCGUUCUUCUUUUGUUUCUGUAUUAGAUGGCUUUGUUGUUUUUUAAGUAUUGUUCUGUUUUUGAUUCUUGUUGAUAACACGGUUCAAGCACUCUUGUUAUCUUGUUUGAUAACAGACUGGUCUUCUUUUUUAUUAAAUAUCGCUUACACUUGUUUUGUUUUUCACGCAUGAUCAUGAAUUCAUGAGUCGAUACUUGUUUGAUGGAGUGAUGUUGGACAAGGAGAGGAGAGACUGAUAUUAUUCCCUUCUGCCUUCGGGUUGCUUCAGGACUUGAGGUGACACAGGUCCCAAGCCUUGAUGAAGAUUGCUGGCCCGCGGGCCGACCCGCAUACCCGCUGCUAUAGGGCGGGUCGGGAUUGGUCAUAGGUUUCAGAGACCGCAGCCCGCCGCGGUACGACCCGCAGAGACUCGAAUGAAACUGAGCCCGCGACGGGGCGGGUCAUUUGGUUGCGGGAGAGCCCAAAUGCCAUCACUAGAUACAUAUGUCCAUGUUAUAUACUAGACUAAAUAUUUUCUCUUUUAAAAAUAUAGAAAACAGUUUUUUUAGUCUACAAGCAAAUGUUGUAGAGCAAGUAUGCAUUAUACAAAAUAAUAUAUAUUUAAAAUCCAUACGCAAAAACAUAAAGUUGAUAUAGGCCUCUUUCUGACUCAUGCACACUCCACUAUGAAUAAGAAUUAAAAAAAAAACAGUAUUGUCAUCAAACUUUAUCACAAAUCCACAUUUGUACAUCUAUAAUUUUGAGUUUGACAAUUAGUUAAUUUGAUACAAUACCAAAGCAAGAAUAAUCGAAAAAUAACUAUAACACCGCAUACUAAUAAGUAACACAUAACAAAUAACCAAAUUCUUGAAUCUUAAAACAAAUUUCAACUCGAGUAUUUAGUGAAUAUCAAAUUAACUAAUAUCCCGCCCGUAAGGCGGGCCGACCCUAGUUAGUCAUAAACAAUGGUACUAACCUAAUUCUCUACAUAUACGUUUACUAUAUAUAUAUUAUUCCAUCAUAAUUAUUUUGUGUUAUUAUUAAAUAAUGUCCACUCUAUAUUUAUAUAUAUGGUUACUUGUGAUUUAUUUAAUAGUUAAUACCUUCGGAGACUAUAAACAGAAUACAAUAUCCAUUGUAAAUUUUUUUUAUCUUUUACAGAGAUCAACCAUUAUUUUAUACCAACCUUAUUAACUAAACUGAUUUCAUUAACCACGUUAUAUAUACUAGAGCCGAUGUCCGCGCUUCGCGCGGAUUACAUAUGUAAUUAAAAUAAUAUUUUAUUAAAAUUUGGAGUUUUAGUUUUUGAAAAUGUGAGUUAAAUUUUUUUUUUGGAUGUGAAGACGUAGAAACAAAAUAGUUUGAUAGUAGAAAUAAGUAAUUGUCCAAAGGGAAUAGAAUUCGGUAGAUAACAAAAAAGAAUUAAAAUAAGAUAAGAUGUAGACAAUGUCUGUGAAGUAUAUUAUGAAUGAUUUUGUAGAGCGGCCACUUUCUAUUGCGGGCGGACCUAUAGAUAAAAACAAUUUUGUUAGUACAUCUUAAUUAUUGAGUUUGAAGAGUUUCGGGUGGGCAGACUUACUGGUAGUUUGCAUCUUAUGGUAUAGAAAGUUGUUUAAGAUUUCGGGAAGUCUGCUCUGGGUGAUCAUCGGAUCGUGAUUCUGGAGGAGAGAGAAAGGAAUUUAGUAUUUUUGUAUAAAGUUGUAUAUUGGGUUGCAAAUAAUAUUAGAUUACCUGGUAGGUGCGAUAGACCGUUGUAUAUUUCUUUGUGGACAAUGUUUUUAACCCUUCCUAUCUUUUGAUCCUUUCCUUAUAUAAUUUUGAGGCCUGACUUGGUAGUAACUCGGGAAAGACCAACAUAGAGCUGUUCAUGGGUGAAAACGGGCUGUGGCAAAUACAGUACGACACCUUUCAAACUCUGACCCUGACUUUUGUUAAUUGUCAUUGCGUAACAUAGCCUGAUUGGAAAUUGCCGCAGAUGGAGCUGUUCGGGAAUAAGUAGAAUAAGUAAAUGAAAUUAUUUUGUUGGAGCAAGUAGUCGAGACAUGUCUCUAUUAUAUUUGGGCUUUUAAUAAUUGAAAAAUAUAGAACAUUGCUGGAUUAAGUGAUUUAAUUUUGUGUAUACCUUUCACUUUAUUCCGUACUCCUAGUGGACGUCCGCGUUUACGUUUCGUUGUGUUCGAACUUGAUGACUUUGAUAUUGGUAAGAAAAAUAUUACUAAUAAAUUAAGUUAUGAUUAUAACAAAUAAAAUUUAAUAAGAUGUCAAAUAAUUCGAGACUAUGACUUUCCUUGUUUUAAUAUAUGUGAAUUUCCAUAAUAAGAUGUCAAAUGAUUUAAUAUCAGUUUUUUUUUUGUUUUAAAAUAUUAAGUAAGUUUAAACAUUCAAUUAACAUCUGAGGGUUUGGAUUUUAAGAUCUGAGGUACGGGUAUGGAUUUUACGAUCUGAGGUAAAGGUAUAAAUAGGGAUCUAGAUAUCAUUGAGACGGAGAGGGUAUGUGGAAGGUCUGUGGGGAUCAUGAAUGGAGGAUUUAUGAGAGCACAUUGAAGUACCAUCACUCUCAUCGGAGGCGUUAUGGAGGAUGAGUUGGAGAAGAGGAAGAGAAUUGCGAAACAGAGCGAGACGCCGCUUAGGAAUAGGGAUGAUGAUUUCAGACGAAGGGCGAUAUAACCCGAACCGUAAGAGCGGUCUCUGGAUUUGUCUGGGAGUUGGGCUUAAUGAGCUGUGACACAAAAUACAUAUGAAGAGAGGCAGGGAGAUGAGGCUAUGGACUGGGCCGUGAUGAUUUUGUUUUUUUUUUAAUUUCAAGCCCACUUCGUUAUGACCUGGCAUAUUGGUUGGUCCUGAUUAUUUUGCCCAUGUGGAUAGUCUUAGGAAGCUAGAAUUUAGCUUCUUUUAUAUAGUGGGAUGAACACUUCAACAUUAUCAUUCACAAACUAAACAAUGUUUGUCACAACUUAAUAUUCCAAAUUGGUUGUAUUAUUUAAUACCAAACCAAUUCCUAUACGAAUCCAUAGAUAUGAUUAUGGUCUACAUAAAACCGGUUCAAUAUUUUCAUCUGCUAUAUUUUUAGAAAAUGGCUAUUUAUCUUUGGUUCUGUUAAAUAUUUAGUCUAACCAAUUAUAAAUCGGUUAGUGAUAACUUCUAAAAACUUUGAAAACACAUUGUUAUUUAUUAACACUACAUCGAUACUUUAAAAUAGGUUAGCAGUAGAACUGUGUUUUAGAACAAAAUCUACUUAUUUUAAAAGAUAAUAUUAUUUUGAAAAUAGUUUUGAUACUAUGUGUUAUAUUAAACAUAGUUAUAUAUAUAUUUGAAAUAAAUAAUUAUAUACAUAAAUUAAACUUUUGGUUAUCUAAAUUAUUUAGCAACCAAAUAAAAAUAUUCGGGUAAUUCAAGUUUUGGGGUUAUCCGGUUUAUAAAUAGUAUUAUUUUAGGAUAUUUGGUUAUUUAAAAUUGAAUGUAAUUAAUAUUUUUAAAUAUAUAAUUUUUAUUUGAAAAUUCAGGUACUCAUUUGGUUCUCGGUUCGGUUUCAAUUUUUCAGUCAUAGAUAUAUGAUUUGCUCUAUUAUUUAUGCAAUUCAGUUUAAUUUUGGUUUUUCAGUUUGGUACGGUUUGGUCCGUGGUUUUGAAUAAAUGUGCUCAAACUUAAACAUUAUCUUAUAUAAAAAUUCGUUUAAAAUAUAUUUAAUUACAAAAACAAAUCUGCGCUUUUCAAAAUCUAGUUCAAUCAAUUAAAGUUUAGAAUUUUUUUAUUACUAGUUGAAUGCUAGAUAAUUUAUAUAUUUAAUGAUUCGUUUUGAAAAGUAAAUAAUUUGCUUAAUUUUUGUACUUUUACUAAAAUAACUUAUAUAUUUGGAAAGAGAGAUACUUAUUUUAUUGAAUAAUAAAUAUAAAUUGCCGAAAAUUGGAAUUAAGGAAAAGGAAAAAGAAAAAAAGAAAAAAGAGUAAAGAAGACAGAAAUAUAUAAAGGAAGUUUGGAUAGAUACGUCCCAGUGGUUUCAUUCAUAUUCAUAGGACCCUUCCGUAAACCCUAGCCUCUCCGCCAAGCUGUAGUGUUUUGUUUUGUAAUAGAUCGAACGUCGUCUGUAUAGUGAUAAUCAUCUCCGAUGACAAACGUCGAGCUAAGAGAACGGAUCCACGUUACUGAGAACGAACGGGAAGUUUUCGAUCUGCUUCUCCGUGCCGUCGGCAGUUUCAGUCCGGAAACGAAGCUUCGCGUAGCCGGUGGUUGGGUCCGCGAUAAGCUUCUGGGAAAAGAAUCUAAUGAUAUUGACCUCGCAAUCGAGAAGAUGUUGGCAAGAAAAUUUUUUUACAAGCUCAACUAUUACUUACGUUCUCAAGGGGAGGACAAAGUACAAGGCCACGUCAUUAAAAGUAAACCGACAAAUGAUAAUAGACGACCAGUGGAGACAGUGAAGAUGCAUAUUUAUAACCAUUCGAUAGAUCUUGUACACUUGAGAUCUGAAACACACGAAGGAAAUAGUCGCAAUCCUGUUAAAGUGGGUUUUGCCACCCCAGAAAAGGACGCUUAUAGGAGAGACUUGACUAUAAAUAGCUUAUUCUACAACCUUCACACUGGCUUAGUAGAAGAUUAUACAGGAAGAGGUAUCGUUGACCUUAAGUCUAGAAGAAUUGCCACUCCAUUGCCUGCCCGAGUUAGUUUAUUGGAUGAUCCCCUGCGAGUUCUUCGUGCUAUACGCUUUGGUGCAAGGUUUGGCUUUACGCUGGAUGAAGAACUUAAAGAAGCUGCCUCCAGUGAGGAACUUCAGGUAGCCCUUGCAGUUAAAAUCAGCAAAGAGCGUAUCGGGAACGAAAUCGAUUUGAUGAUAUCUGGGAACGAUCCAGUACAAGCAGUAACCUAUCUCUCGGAUUUGAAACUAUUUGAACUCGUCUUUGCACUGCCCUCGUCGUCUGAGCCCGCCCCGUCUGAGAACUGUAGCAGCCUCUGCCUAGCCUACUUGGAAGCUAUGUGGAACCUCAUUCGAACCCCUGGGCUCGGAAACUUCAGCGGUGAACAAAGAAGGCAUGCUCUAUAUGCGGCUCUGUUUCUCCCGUUUAGGAAAAUGGUUUACAAGGACACCAAGGGGAAAUUGGUUCCCGUAGUCAACUACAUUUUCAAAGUCUCCAUGAAGCGAAAGAGCAAGGACGCUGAAACAGUUGUCAACAUACACCGCGCCACGGGGAGAUUCCUAUCGUUGAUUCUUCAUCUUCAGUUGAAGAAGAAUGACGUUUCACAAGUGGACAAACGUGAGUGGGGCACUGAUGUAUUCGAGCACUUGGAACUCAUCUCUCGAAAUGAUCCGGAGUUGCCGGCUACAUCGAAAACAAGAGUACUCGCAGGGUUUCUUCUUAGAGAUAUCAAAGACUUGUGGCGUCUUGCUCUCUUAGUAUCACUAUUGCUGUGUACGGAUGACGACAUGAAUUUGGGUUUCCAAGUUGACAAGAAAAGAGAGGUUUAUCUAACAAUUCAGGGCACUAUUAUUCGUGAGAUGGGUCUUGAUACUAUCUGGGAUCUAAAACCUCUGGUGGGUGGAAGUGAUAUCGUUAAAGCUCUACAACUUAGAGACAAUAGAGGACCUAUCAUUAGGGAAUGGCAACAUAUAUUGCUGACAUGGCAGCUAGCUUAUCCCAAAGGAAUGCCGCUCAGACAGGAAUGGGUAAAACGAAGGAAGGUAGCGUGACUUUUGGGAUUAGGUUAAAACGAUUUCGCACUUCUUUUUUUUCUCUUACAAUCAUUACUAAAUAUUAUUUGUGAAAUAACAACAUAUCUGUGUUUUUGUUCGUCACUACUUCAUCUUCUCUUCUCGCCUCUCCGCUCCUUUUGGUCUUGAAAACGUUUUUCACUAAUCACUAUAUUUGAAUCUCAAAAAAUAUACUGAUCGUACUCGCCCAAGGUCAGUCAUCUUUCAACUUUUUUUAGCAUAUACAUGCCCACAAAUAUUGAUGCAGCAUAUGAGUAUAUAUAUAUAUUUUGAUUAUUAUAAUUAUUUGUAUA